CCCCUUGGCCGGGCUCGGGGCGAUCGCCCUCCGCUGGUGGGGCUCCCCGCUCCCCGGAGCCGGCUACUUUGCGCGGCCCCAGCUCGAGUUAAUAAACAGUUAAGUUUGGAAGACUCAGCAGACACGUUGAGGGGGAGUUACCCAACCCAGGCAGCAAAAACAUCCCGGCGCAUUCCUGGGGCGUCCAAAGCUGCCAGCAUCUGAUUAGAACCAUAUCUCGCCGGGAGUGGCCCGCGGCUCCGAGGCUCCCGGGCCGGCGGCUAUUUAAGCGCGGCAGCCGUGUGGGCAGCGCGGCAGCCUGGAGGCUCGGGCACGGAGGAGUCAUGCUCGCAUCGCAGAGACGCUAGCUAGACUUUUGUGUUUGGAAGGAAGAGAGGAGCUCUGUAAAAUGAGAAGAGCAGAAAUCAGCUUCCAGACACAUGGAAAGACUUAAAAAUUCUGAAGGGGCGACUUCAUGAAUAGUGUCUGUAGCCGGUUAUGUUUGUUUGAGACGACUCCAUCAGGGAUCGCCUGCUGUCACUAAGAGUCUGCUGGUGCUGGAGUUGGCCGUCUGCCUUCUUGCCAUGUCUAACGAAGUAGAAACAAGUGCAACUAAUGGUCAGCCUGACCAACAGGCUGCACCAAAGGCCCCAUCCAAGAAGGAAAAGAAGAAAGGCACCGAAAAGACAGAUGAGUAUCUUUUGGCAAGAUUCAAAGGUGAUGGUGUGAAAUACAAGGCCAAGCUAAUUGGCAUUGAUGAUGUGCCAGAUGCAAGAGGAGAUAAAAUGAGCCAAGAUUCUAUGAUGAAACUAAAGGGAAUGGCGGCAGCUGCUCGGUCUCAGGGACAACACAAGCAAAGGAUCUGGGUCAAUAUUUCUCUUUCUGGAAUAAAAAUCAUUGAUGAGAAAACUGGGGUAAUAGAACAUGAACAUCCAGUAAAUAAGAUUUCUUUCAUUGCCCGUGAUGUGACAGAUAACCGAGCAUUUGGUUAUGUGUGUGGAGGAGAAGGCCAACACCAGUUUUUUGCCAUAAAAACAGGGCAACAGGCUGAGCCAUUAGUCAUUGAUCUGAAAGACCUUUUCCAAGUUAUCUAUAAUACAAAGAAAAAGGAAGAAGAAAAGAAAAAGAUGGAAGAAGCCAACAAAACAGUAGAGAAUGGGAGUGAUGCCCUAAUGAAUCUUGAUGACCCACCUUGCAAACUAAAAUUGGGUGUUGACCAGAUGGAUUUGUUUGGGGACAUGUCUACACCUCCUGACCUAAGUAGUCCAACAGAAAGCAAAGAUAUCCUGUUAGUGGAUCUAAACUCUGAAAUCGACACCAAUCAGAAUUCUUUACAAGAAAAUCUGUUCUUAACAAAUGGCAUCACCUCCUGCUCUCUUCCUCGACCAAAGCCUCAGGCAUCUUUCUUGCCUGAAAAUGCCUUUUCUGCCAAUCUCAACUUCUUUCCCACCCCUAAUCCUGAUCCUUUCCGUGAUGAUCCUUUCGCACAGCCAGACCAAUCGACACCCUCUUCGUCUGAUUCUCUCAAAUCUCCAGAUCAGAAGAAAGAGAAUUUGAGUAGCUCGUCUACCCCUCUGAGUAAUGGGCCCCUGAAUGGGGAUGUUGAUUACUUUGGUCAGCAAUUUGACCAGAUCUCUAACCGGACUGGCAAACAGGAAACUCAGGCAGGCCCGUGGCCCUUAUCAAGUACGCAAACACAGCCAGCAGUGAGAACUCACAAUGAGGUAUCUGAAAGAGAACAGAACGGCUUCCAUAUCAGAUCCUCCCCGAACCCUUUUGUGGGAAGCCCUCCCAAAGGACUGCCCGUCCCGAAUGGCGUAAAGCAGGACUUGGAAAGCUCUGUCCAGUCCUCACCACAUGACUCCAUAGCCAUUAUCCCACCUCCACAAAGUACCAAACCCGGAAGAGGCAGAAGGACUGCUAAGUCUCCAGCAAAAGACUUACUUGCAGCAGACAUCUUUGCUCCUCCCAUCUCAGAACCUCCAGGACAAUCUACAGGACAACCUGCAACCCUACAGACCAACCCUCUGGAUCUCUUCAAAACAAGUGCUCAUGCCCCAUUGGGGCCCCUCCCGGGUCUAGGUGGCGUGCCAGUUCUAUCUGCCCAGGCAGGGCCAUGGAGCCCAGCACCUUUAGUCUUCAGUCAGUCCCCGUCAAUGGUCCCGGGCGCCAUGAUGGCUGGUCAGCCUUCAGGAUUCAGUCAGCCAAUCGUCUUCACCACAAGCCCAAGUGUUCCGGGUUGGAACCAGCCUUCCUCUUUCGCAGUCUCAGUUUCCUCUCCACCCCCUGUAGCGUGGGGCACAUCGGCAUCCAUAACACCCAACACAUGGUCAGCAAACAGCCCUCUGGGGAAUCCUUUUCAGGGCAAUGUUUUUCCAGCUCCUGCUGUGUCCACCCAGCCCCCUUCUAUGCUCUCCUCUCUCCUGGUCACUCCUCCUCAACCACCUCCCAGAACUGGCCCUCCAAAGGAUGUCCCCAGCGAUGCCUUCAUUGCCUUGGACCCUCUUGGGGACAGAGAAGUCAAGGAAGUGAAAGAAAUGUUUAAGGACUUCCAACUGCGGCAGCCACCUACUGUGCCAGCAAGGAAGGGAGAACAGAACUCCUCUGGGACCUCGAGUGCCUUCUCCAAUUAUUUCAACAGCAAAGUUGGCAUUCCUCAGGAGAAUGCAGACCAUGAUGAUCUGGAUGCUAAUCAACUAUUGAGAAAGAUCAAUGAACUACCAAAGCCAGCUCCCCGACACAGUGCCCUGCCAGUUACCAAAUCUGCUGACAAUGCAUUUGAGAAUCCCUUCUCUAAAGAGUCUUUCCACUCAUCACCAGCCUCUAUGGCUUCUCUUCAACCCACAUCAUCCGAUAUAUAUAGAGAUCCAUUUGGAAAUCCUUUUGCCUAACUUCUGAACUUGGCAUGCUGACUGUCCAGAGAAACAAAGAGGUUGGCCUUGGUAGUCAAGGACAAAGCUAAUUGGCAGACAAGUCGUGACCUUUGCCCUUGUUCUAGCUUUGACAUAUUAUCAGUUGCCUUAUUUCUUGCUGCCUCUCCCACUUGUAGAAUACCUUCUACUUUCUGUUUCGCUAAACUGAAUCUAUGGCUUUAAAUAAAUUAAGAACCUAAACUCACUAGCUGAAUGUAAGCGAAGUAGUUUUCCUAUUUGGACCCUUGUCUAUUGUGACCCUAGAACCUUCUGGAACCCAUGUGACCCAUGUACCCUCUGGUUGGGCGAUGGAGCCACCACAACCCCUCAGAUCAUACUGUUUUGAAUAAAUUUUGAAAUCCCUACUGUUCAUAGUGUAUGGGGGAUCUGUUUCAGAGCAUUAAACCUAAAUUAAUUAAACCUAAAAUUGUAGAACAAGGCACCUUCUUAAAUCUUGCUUCAGACCGUCACUUACAGAGCAUUUUUAAAGUAAAAUGGAAGCAAGUUCAACUUCUCCUUAGGAGAAUCUCCUUGGAGUCUGACACACCUAAGAAUGUUUUUAAAGAUACAACUUUUCUUUCUGAAGAUGCUUUUUCUCUCAAGGGUGAGAUUGUCCUUUCUCUUAUCUCUUGCUAGCUAUUGCAAAGGAGGGAAAAAUCAUUUUUCAUCUCUCCUCUUCUUUUCCCUCCAAUUCUCUUUUCAGUCAUUUUUGCUCCUGGGCUUUUCUCUUUCAUAAACAAUAGAGUUUUAUGGGGCAAAAAAAUCUAAUGAUUCACAGGUCUGAAGCCUCUAUGCUCUACCUUCUCAGUAAUCUCUAAUCUCAGUAACUAGAGUUGCAAAUGCACACAACCUUUAUCCUUUCUGUGGAAUAAGAGGCUAUCUUCUUGAGCUGAAGUUCUAGAACAGUUCACAUUGAGGAAAAAUUGAACUCGACUCAGCAAUGUAGGACUACAUUCCUAAGAGAAGCACAUCACAGCUAAAUGUGAUUGUGCCAAUCAUGUUAGGUGCUUAUUUGGGGUCAUGCCAGACCUUUAUCAAGUAACUGGAAAGCUUUCUUGAUGCCACUGUUUCACAGUCAGAAGAUAAAUGGGGGCGGGGGAGAAUCUGUAGAGCAAGUAUUUGGUGUUAUCAUUAAAAAUUUAAUGUAUGAAGUGUUUUUCUCCUCACAAUCUUGGAAACUCUUCCAGUUCAUUUUCAGUCCUAUUGUUGGCACAGAUCUGAAGGGUUUGUUCUUGCCAUAGUGAGUUUUGUUUUAUUUUGUUUAUGUUGGGUUUCUAAUGUUAUUUCUUGACCCCUAGUGCUCAGGUUCUUGUGGGUGUUAAUCAACCACAUACAAUGUUAUCUUUAGGUGGAAGAAGAGGAUGACCGCUCAGGAUCAAAACAAGAUGGUGGCCUCAUGAACCUCUAUUGAUUAGCCCCAAAUAGUCCAAGCUAAAGUCCUAUGGUUUUAUGUUGAACGGUAAUAGCUGAUCGUGUAUGGCAAUGUCUGACUUUCUACUCAGUUAUUAUCAACAGACUUGAAAUAAAUAUUUUAUAUGUCCAAAUACUUAAAUGUGCUAAACUGGAGGCAAUUAUUUCUAGAUAGUUUGAAUUUUUGAAGGUAGACAAAUUUUUUGAAAUUGAUGACCAGCCACACAAUUGUUUUGUACAUACUUAUUUUCUUGUGCACUUUUCUGUAUGCAAAGAAAGCUAUAAAUUUACUCAUUUCAAUAAACUGGAAUGGCAGAA